CUCCGCCGACACAGCAGCCUAGUCUACGCUUGCUACGUAGGCACCAGCCCGCCCAGCCAUUGUCCAGAGUCCUACUGUGUGCCAGGCGCUGGGCCGGGUACCCAAGCCUCCCACAGUGCAGAGCUCCUCUUUCCCCCGCCUCCGGAGGGUGCGGUUGGAGGAGAAAUCCACUCCCCAAAGGUCUAGAAAGCUCAAACCUAGAACCGUGCGAUCCGCACGGCCGGAGGCGCCCAGGUCCCGGGCGGCCCGGGAGCGCGCUUCUCCGCGGCCGCGCGGGGUCCCCCGUCUGGCGCUCAGGUGGCUUUCGCCGCCCACUUGGCCGCUCCCCUCCCCUCCCCUCUUCCCCUCCCCUCCCCUCUCCUCCCCGGCGAGGGUCGGAGUCGGCUGUUGCGCGCGGGGAGGAAGGAGGGGCUACGAGGGAUUUGAAAGUGCUCGGGCUGCUCAGCGGAGCUCGCGUCUGUCCCCGCCGCCCGCGAGCGGAUUAAAUUUCUGCAAAUUCAAACUGAAUGGGGCUUUCUUCUGCCGCCUUCCAGAGGGCGCCUGCAGCCCGCCGCGCGCUCCUCUCCGGCGGGAGCGGCCCCGGCGCGCACCGCUGACGACCCGGCGGCGCCCGGGCUUGGGGACCCGCCGCCCGACAGCGCUGCCCCGGGACUAGCAGCCGCUGCCCCUCGCGAGCCGAGCAGGGCACCGGACGGGGCCGCGGACGCGAUCUGGCCGAGCGAUCCUCCGGGGACCAACUUCUCGGGGGCGGGUCCCGGGCGCCCCGUCGCCAGCUAUUGUCUGCGCGCCGCGCUCGCCCGCCUGCUCGCUCGCUCGCUCGGCGGCGGUGGGGGGCGCGAGCGCGGAGACCCGAGCCGGGCGGAGCCGGGCCCAGGGCGGCGGCGGGAGGAGCCGGGACGGCUCGGGGAGCGGGAGGAGGAGCGGCGGCCGUGAGCGCGGGAGCCGGGCGGCGCGAUGCCGGCGGCAGCGGGGGACGGGCUCCUGGGCGAGCCGGCGGCCCCGGGGGGCGACGGAGGCGCGGAGGACGCGGCCAGGCCGGCGGCGGCCUGCGAGGGAAGUUUCCUGCCCGCCUGGGUGAGCGGCGUGUCCCGCGAGCGGCUCCGCGACUUCCAGCACCACAAGCGCGUGGGCAACUACCUCAUCGGCAGCAGGAAGCUGGGCGAGGGCUCCUUCGCCAAGGUGCGCGAGGGGCUGCACGUGCUGACCGGAGAGAAGGUAGCCAUCAAGGUCAUCGAUAAGAAAAGGGCCAAAAAGGACACCUACGUCACCAAGAACCUGCGCCGAGAGGGGCAGAUCCAGCAGAUGAUCCGGCACCCCAACAUCACGCAGCUCCUGGACAUCUUAGAGACAGAGAACAGCUACUACCUGGUCAUGGAGCUGUGCCCCGGCGGCAACCUGAUGCAUAAGAUCUACGAGAAGAAGCGGCUGGACGAGGCCGAGGCCCGCAGAUACAUCCGGCAGCUCAUCUCCGCCGUGGAGCACCUGCACCGGGCUGGGGUGGUCCACAGAGACUUGAAGAUAGAAAAUUUGCUACUUGAUGAAGACAAUAAUAUCAAGCUGAUUGACUUUGGCUUGAGUAACUGUGCUGGGACCCUGGGUUACUCUGACCCGUUCAGCACACAGUGUGGUAGCCCUGCCUACGCUGCGCCGGAACUGCUGGCCAGGAAGAAAUACGGCCCCAAAAUUGACGUCUGGUCAAUAGGCGUGAACAUGUAUGCCAUGUUGACCGGGACCCUGCCUUUCACAGUGGAGCCUUUCAGCCUGAGGGCUCUGUACCAGAAGAUGGUGGACAAAGAAAUGAACCCCCUCCCAACCCAGCUCUCCACAGGGGCCAUCAACUUCCUGCGCUCUCUCCUGGAGCCGGAUCCCGUGAAGAGGCCGAAUAUUCAGCAAGCACUGGCGAAUCGCUGGCUGAAUGAGAAUUACACCGGGAAAGUGCCCUGUAAUGUCACCUACCCCAACAGGAUUUCUCUGGAAGACCUGAGUCCCAGCGUGGUGCUGCACAUGACGGAAAAGCUGGGCUAUAAGAACAGCGACGUCAUCAACACGGUGCUCUCCAACCGCGCCUGCCACAUCCUGGCCAUCUACUUCCUGUUAAACAAGAAACUUGAGCGCUAUUUGUCAGGGAAAUCUGACAUCCAAGAUAGCAUCUGCUACAAGACCCAGCUCUACCAGAUAGAGAAGUGCAGAGCCACCAAGGAGCCUUAUGAGGCCUCCCUGGACACCUGGACAAGAGACUUUGAGUUCCAUGCUGUGCAAGAUAAAAAGCCCAAGGAACAAGAGAAGAGAGGCGACUUUCUUCAUCGUCCAUUUUCCAAGAAGUUGGACAAGAGCCUGCCUUCUCACAAACAGCCCUCGGCCUCGCUCAUCACACAGAUUCAGAACACCAAAGCCCUGCUCAAAGACCGGAAGGCCUCCAAGUCAGGCUUCCCCGACAAAGAUUCCUUCGGCUGCCGCAAUCUUUUCCGCAAAACUUCUGAUUCCAAUUGUGUGGCUUCUUCCUCCAUGGAAUUCAUCCCUGUCCCACCUCCCAGGACACCAAGGAUUGUAAAGAAACUAGAGCCCCACCAGCCAGGGCCAGGAAGUGCCAGCAUCCUCCCCAAGGAAGAGCCCCUGCUGCUGGACAUGGUUCGCUCCUUCGAGUCUGUGGACCGAGAGGAGCACAUAGAGCUGCUGCCCCCUUCCCAUCACCACAGGAUCCUGAACUCGCCUAUCAGCUUGGCUCGGAGGAAUUCUAGCGAGAGGACGCUCUCCCCGGGGCUGCUGUCCGGAAGCAUGUCACCUCUCCAAACCCCGCUGCAUUCCACGUUGGUCUCUUUCACCCAUGAAGAAAAGAGCAGCCCCCCUAAAGAGGAGGGUGUGUGUUCCCCACCUCCGGUGACCACCAAUGGCCUCAUGCAGCCUCUGGGCAGCCCCAACUGUGUGAAAAGCAGGGGAAGGUUCCCCAUGAUGGGCAUCGGGCAGAUGCUAAGGAAGCGGCACCAGAGCCUUCAGCCUUCCUCGGAGAGGUCCCUGGAGGCCAGCACAUCCCCACUGCAGCCCUCAGCCCCCUCCAGCCUCUCCUUUGACAUGGCUGACGGUAUCAAGGGCCAGUGUUAACACAGGGUGGCAACAUUCCAGGUCUCUGAGGACAGCAAUGGAACAGAGCUCCACACACACACACAUCAGGGUAUGAAUAAUCAACGUCACAGGGGCAUUUUUAUUCUCUUAAUCCUGUCACACCAUGUCCCACACUUGGAUCAGCUGAAAUCCAUAGAUUCAGAGUCCGCACACCCGGACUCACUUAGGGACCCUCUGAGAUGCUGAGAGUCGGGGAUGCCCCAUUCCAGCCUGAGAUCCUCUCACCAAUCACAAAGCCCUCACCACCGUCCCAGAUGGACUCCGGGCCGCAAAGCACAGCUCCGUCUGCUGGACCACUCAGAUUUCCAGACUGGGGCCAGGCCUUCCCUCCCCCGCUGUGCGUGUGCCUCUCGUAGACUGCUCUGUUCAGCCGUCAGUCACAGUCUCACGGGACCACACCACUGCAAGGAUGUUCACCCAGCCGAGGGAUCCCUUCACAGAGGGAAGCAGCCCGUCUUCCCCUAACAGUGAGUCCCUACAGGAGAGCAGAAGUCACAGUGCCUGACCCUGGGAAUCCUGGAGGAAGACAGCACAGAGCCUCAGACAAAGAUGGAACCCAACAGUGAGAACCCAGCUGGAAGGUGGUGACUGAAGGAAACAUUCCUGUGUGAUGUUAUAACAGACUUUUUCUUUUCCUUUUUUUUUUUUUUUUUUUUGGUUGAAACUUGCUGAGGAUUGAAAGAACUUGUCCAAAGAGAUCUUUCUUUAUUAUCUCAUUAAAUUGUAAGUAACUUUUUUUUUUUUGAGACAAGGUCUCUUUAAGUAGCCCAGGCUGGCUUCAAACUCAUCAUCCUCCUGCCUCGGUUUCCAAAAUGCUGGGAUUACAAGUGUAUACCCCUGUGUCUGGCUCAAGAUAGCAAUUAAAAAACAAGACAAAAAAAAAAAAAAAGCCCUACAUGGCCAGAUGGAAAGUACUUUUACCAAUCAUCUUUUUCUGGGAGGCUACAUCUCAGAUGGCCAAAAGGCUGGCUUGGAGAUGAUGGUAGGAACAGUAGACCACAGUGGCCUGCCUGAGGGAUGACAGCCUAGCCAUCCUGUGUUUAUGCUGAGGCAGCAGCAGAAGGCAUGGAACAGCUCCAGAUGGUUCUGAAGAAAGACAGGAUUCUUAAGGCAGAGUUGAGGUGGCAAGGAGGAGGCUUUCAGCAUGCAGUGCUGUUUUUCUGCUGUGGUUAGACCUUAGCUGUUCUGCUGGGAGCUGGGAGCAGGCUUGCCCACUGGGAGAACAUUUUUGGAUGGGUCCAUGCCCAAGGAAGAUUGUGCAGUGCCCCCCAAAAGGGGCAUCAGUCCACGCUGUCUUAUACACCUUUGCCCUCCAGGAUUGAACCAAAGAUGCAUUUUCGGUUUUGUGGCUGUGCCGCCCCUGUGUGUCUCUUGUGGAAUGUGGUGUUGUCUGAUCCUGCCCAGCUGGUACUUGAUGGGGGACUGUCUGUGUGGAUCCUGGGCCCUGGUACUUAGCAGGGGACUGCUCCCGUCAUGAGUAACAUUUUAGGGAAGCAAGGAAUUGGCACAAGCAGGAUCACAGUUUUUUAGGAGCUGAGUUAAGGAACAGCCCAGAAGCUUUGAUCAUUGACUAUUUCAGGUAUCAUCAGAGUCCACAACUGUAGCCAUCAUCUUGGUCAUCAGGUUCAUCAUGUUGGUCCACUGAGUCUAAAGUGGGAGGAUCUCCAUAAAAUCACAGAGCCGCCUUUGGUGGGGAGGGGUGAGACACAGAAUCGCCAUUUCUCAUUUACCAGUAUGGCCUUCCUUUGGCCUCUCCACAGCUCUGACUGAGCAAGAGGAGAACAUGCAUUUGGCUGACCCUAGAAGCAGGGUGCUCUAGUUUUGGCUGAUUUUGACCUGGGCUGCUUAAUCUCUAGUGAGGGACUCACCCCCUUCCUAGGGCCCCUAGGAGGAGGCCAAGUCUUUUCCAGCAGCUGGUGGUGUUCUUCAACAUGGCUUCAGUUCGGCUUCCGGGACUUAACAUUGAAACUAGAACUCCUUAAGCAGGGAGAAGAAUCAUCUACAGACACCCUGUCUGUUUGACGGGCUGUGUUGAGUUUCCAUGGGUGAAGAGUCCUUUUUAAAGAUAACUGCCGACUGGAAGCAUCUGGCUCUACAAGCUGGUAGGAUGUGUACCCAUGUGCUGGGCAACCUCCCCCCCACCCCCCUUGUAGCCCCUUAUGUCUUUUUCUGGCUGUUUGCUUUUCUCACACAUGUGUGUGCCUGUGUUGGUGUUAGCCUGUAGAGAAGGUGUUUCCAUUCUUCGGAUGCUUCGAGAACAGCGUCAGAUGCACAACUAGUUUCCUGUGUUGCCGUGGUAACUGGGACUCUGAACUCAGGUGUAUAGUGAACCCAGUGAGAGGCAAAGGGGAGCAAGGAAGGGAAACAAGCUGUGUUUUGGGAUGUGUAUAAACACCCGACAGACAAGUCUAUGAAACAGAGUGAAAGAAGAAAUGUCAAAUUCUUUAUUGUUUUAUUAUAUUUAUGUGGAAAACUUGACUAUCCUCUUUUUAAGUAGAGAGUGUAUUGUGUGUGUGACCCAUGACUGUCCUUCACGGUCUCUGCCUGUGGUUCCAGUCAGCCUGUGGCUACCGAUGGGAACGACCAAACUGCCAUCAAAUGAAGUCCAGGAGGAAGACUCUAUUUUAGUUGUACGAUUUGGUCAUAAGUCAGAACUAUAUUUAUGUCACUAUUAUGGAAUAUAUGUACUUUUAUAAUGGCUGUGAAAUACACUUUUUCCUCACUA